AUUUUGAUGACGUAUGUAUACAAAUUUACAGAACAACAAAAGGUACAUAGCCAAAUCUGGUGAAAUCCGAUUCUCUUCGAUCCUGUCCUGUUCCUUUGUGAUCACAAUGUCGACUGUGAAUUUGAAAAGGAGGAUCAAGGCCGUCAAAUGGUCUCACAUCAGCGAGUUCACGGAGCAACGAAUUUUUGACGAAUUCAUCCUGGGUAAUCGAGUGCGCUUGAGCCAAAACCUUCACGACACUCUUACAUCAAAAAUGGCCACCCUGGGCAUCAAUGAACUUCAGGACGUCGUCUUGAAACUGAUAGCCCCAAAUGGACAAACCACUUUUGUUGGUGUCCUGGACUUUGUUCCAAACAGGGGCAACAACACUGUUUUCUGCCCUGAUUGGCUCCUUGUGGAGAAUCUGAAAAUUUACAACCUCACCUUAGUGAACAUGAGCAUCAUGAAGGCCCAGCCCCACAUUGCCUCCAUUCUUCGCUUCGAGUCCAACUUUAGUGACUCUGCGGAUAACAGGGCUACCCUUUAUGACAGAGUGAAACACCUGACCCUCAUCGCUGAGGGUGACACCCUACUAGCAGAUAUUUCUGGUCGAGACGCACAGUUUGUGCUGAAAAGGUGUUUGCCUCGUAAGAAAGUUCUCCGCUUAACCUUGAAUAACGGAGAACCCAAUUUCGUGGUCAAGAUCAACCAGGCAGGUUGACCUUUUCAUGACUAUAUCCCCAACAUUGACUUGUCCUCAAUCUGUAAUUAAAGAAUUUUUAUUGAUUCACAGCUCACACAGCGCUUAAAUACAAGAAUAUGGAUUUUUUUUAAAAUAAAACAAUAGAAAUAAAAUUUAA